AGUGAUUCUUUGACAUAGCGAAAAAAACUAUGAGAAUGACAUGUACUCACAGGCUUGUUGCUGUAUUAGCUGUAAUUUUCCAUGUUCUCAUUGUUACAAGCAAAACCAGCGCUAUCAUCCUACAACAUAGCAAGCUCGCCCUUAGGCUUAUUCACCGUGAUUCUAUAGCUUUGUCACCUCUCUACAAACCAAAACUCAGCUUCUCCGAUCAUGCGAUCCAUGCAAUAAAUAGCUCACGAGCUCGUCUUGGUAACUAUUCAAGCACAAAGAUCAGCAUAAGCUCUGUGUCCCUUGAUGACAUUAGUGCUCCCAUAGUUCCCAUGGAAGAUGGUAGCAUUUUUAUGGUGAAUAUUUCAAUAGGUGAGCCUCCAAUUCCCCAACUUCUGGCAAUGGAUACUGGAAGUCAAUUGAUAUGGGUUCAUUGUACCCGUUGCAAAGGGUGUAACAAUGUGUUUGAUCCUAAACUGUCGUCCACCUACACUCAAUUAUCAAGUAAUUCUCCUGAAUGCGACAAAUUUGCACACGGUCAUCAGGAUCAAGAAUCGCAGUGUUCGUAUAGGAUAAGAUACAAUGACGAGUCCACCAGCAGAGGUGUACUGGCAAUGGAGAAGUUCACAUUUGUAACAUCCACUGGAGGCACAGUGCAAGUACCUGACGUAGUGUUUGGAUGUGCAAUCGACACUAAUGGAAGUGUGGGUGACUUAAAUGGCGUUCUUGGGUUAGAAGCUCCUGAAAGAUACUAUUUUGCGGCUGGUAGUGGUAAUAAAUUUUCGUAUUGCAUAGGGAAUAUAAGCGACACUCAGUAUAUGUACAACCAGCUGAUAUUGGGCGAUGGAGCCGUCAUUCAAGGUGAUUCGACUCCAUUGCAAACCAUAGAUCGCUACUACAUUGUAACUCUGGAAGGAAUAAGCGUGGGAGGGAAGCAACUAGCAAUCUACGAUCAAGGAGAGUUCCAUUUUAACGUCACAAUUGAUUCAGGCACGACGUACACUCAACUGGUGAAGAGCGCCUACGAGCCACUUAUGAUGGAAGUGAAGAACUUGGUGAAUGGUGUGCUAAAACCUGCAAAAGUUAGAAACGGUGAGAAUCUGCUUUGUUAUUUGGGAGAUUUGGAAAGAGACCUCAAAGGAUUCCCUCUUGUGACUUUGCAUUUUGCUGAGGGAAUUAACGUAGAUUUGGAUGUUGAAGCUGUGUUUCAACGAUCUAGUGAUGGAUCAGCUUUCUGCAUGGCUAUGGUUGAAUCAAGAGAAAAUAUAUUAGGAAUAAGGGCACAGCAAUACUACAAUGUGGGCUUUGAUUUGGAUGCAAAGAGAGUGAGUUUUCAGAGAAUUGACUGUGAACUCCUUGAAGACUAAUAAUCUUGAUACUUUCAAAGUCUUUCCUUGUUACCUUCCACAGGCAACAUCGAUACGCUAACUGGAGUUAGAUUAGUGUAUAAAGAUGAAUUUCCUGUUCGUAUAUCCAAAG